AUGUCCAAGGCCUCGCGUACGACCGCGGACAACCCCGAGCAACGACGACGGGACAUCGAGAAGUACUCGGAGGCGAUCUUCUACUCGGCGAGGUACUCGGGUAAGCUCGGAGGCUAGUAGUGGAUGGCGCAGAUCCCGAUUCGGGUCGUGGUGGGUGGGGCGAGGUUCGCGGAUCGACCGAGGACGAGAGGAUUGUUGAACGAGCUCUCGCGGGGCGGCGCGCAUGCAAAGUCGACGCGUGCGACAAUCAACAUCGUGCAACAACAACCUCCUUUCUGCUUCUACAACCCGAUGCCAACUUCAGAAGAGCGGGCAGAUUUUCAGUCUACGGGUGAAGCGCGAUCACUUCGUUGUUGAUUCGUAUGGGAUCGGGCUUCGGCUUUCGGUACAAUGCGCGGGGCGGGCGCGCACACGACUUGGGGACGCGGGUCAGCCGAGGAAGGAGGCGGUGUGGGCACGUUUCCCACAGUCAACACCUGUACCAUCUCACCGUAAUGGAUGUGCGACCCCCGGGAAUUCCCUGAUCGACAGACCGUCGACCCCAUAAACUACUUUGGCUAGUGUUGACUCAAGAUCGCCGAGCUGAGCUGACUCUUCUUCUCCACUUCCCCCAUCUUCAACAUGCUCCGACUCGUCUCCCCAUUCUUCUCUUGCAACAAUUUUCGCCUGCCCGCCACCAGACGAGCAAUACGAAUACCGCCACGUGAUCUUACCCAAAGCGCUGGUCAAGUACCUGCCGACCGAUCGAUUGGCCGAAGAGGACGAGUGGCGAGGGUUGGGCAUCCGCCAGAGUCCGGGGUGGGAACAUUACAUGCGACAUGGUCAGUCAUCGAUGCUGGUGCUCAUGAACUCGCUAUGGUGUCGCGCGUCAGAAAUAUCACGCCGACGCGAGUAUUGGUAAAAUAGGGGCUGAUGCUUCCUCCACGACGGUCCCUCAACCCCCACAGCACCGGAACCGCAUAUCCUCUUGUUCAAGCGAGAAAAGGAUUACCAGAUCAAGCGAGUCAACACCAGCGUUUCCUAA